UUCCAAACUACUGAAUAUCCAAUUAUGGCCGUCCAAGAACACAAAGCCGAGGCUUCAGCCUCAGCCCAGCCUUCCUCUUCAUCUACCCGCGCCCCUGCCGCGGUCGACAAAAAGGCCAGCUCUGCUCAACCCGCCAAGCUUCUCAAGAACGCCCGUCUCCCCGCCACCAUGAUUACGGCUGCAGGCUCUAUUCAAGCUUCACAAAAGAACAAAGCCAACAAGGGCCAGGUGUCGAAGAAGAAGAAGGCCAGGACGGAGAAAGGCAAGGACAGAGCAGUGGAGCUUAGUUCAAGGUUGGAAGAGAAAGUUAGGGGAAGAGAGGAUAGGAAGGCUAAGAGACAAAGGGCGAAGAAGGCUUGGGAAUGAAUGGCUGGCGGAGAGUUUUGGGGUGUAGCAAACGAUCGGGCAGGUAUAAUACAUCGACAUCUUGUACAAAAGCUUGUAUACAUGUAUGAUUCAAAAUAUUCGCGCUGGUUGAUGGGGUGACCUAUGAUGAGCAGUCCUAUCGUUGUAAUGACCAGGUGUACGAGUACCGUAUCUCAUCAUGUCUCCGGGAGUAGCAAGCUGGGUCAUGCGUGCGGGUAAGACAUCGUAGAAGGCAGAAGCUCGUCAGUCAAUAAGAGCAAGCCUACUGCACAGUGGUCACAUUCCGUUAUAUGGCUCAAUUUUGCAAAUGUCCCUCAAGUUUGUUUUCAGGCCAUUGUCGAAGUUUAACCCAGUCUGGGCGAAGACAGAAGCAACGUUUGCGCCUCCCUAGACAGCCUUUGUCGCACCUCUCGCCCGUUCCCGCACGCUCUAUCCCGCAUCAUCCUUGUAAUGCCUUGCAACCCAGAACCAUGACCCAUUGUUUUUUUUGGAAUAGUCUCAU